CCGAUGGCAACAACAACGCCGUACGUGAGCCUCGAGAAGACCCGGCAUCCCGUCGAGACAGCCGGCGCUGCGUCCAUGGCCACCAUGGCAUGGCUCGACCCGCUCAUCCGCCGCGGCGCGCGGACGCCGCUCAACGAGGCCGACGUCUGGCCGCUCUGCCAAGUGGACACGGCCGCCGCCGUCCACGAUCGCUUCCAAGAGCAGUGGCAGCUCGAGCGCCAAGCGAUUGCGCCUGCUUUGCACAAGGCCAUUUGGCGCACGUUUCGACGCGAGAUCCUAUCGACGAUUGGCUUGUACCUCGUCUCGGCGGGCCUCACGCUGCUCCAGCCCUGGGUCAUCAAGUCGAUCCUCGAGUACCUCCAGGCGCCACCCGGGAACGUGGUCACAAGCUUGGGCAUCUCGUCGGGCUACGGCCUUGCUGGUCUUCUCGCAGGUCUCUCGAUCGUUUCGAUCGCGUGCGCGGACUAUGCGCAGUACAUUGCGGCGCACAUUGGCUGCAACGUCAAGACGAUCUUUGUCGACAGCGUCUAUCUCCACACGCUAUCGCUCUCGAGCACCUCCAAGCAGCAGGUCUCGUCCGGCGACGUGGUCGCCAUGGCCACGAUCGACGCAGAGAAGAUGCUCCAGGGAUUCUGGCUCGGCUUUUGGUCGCUCGUCGCCCCGUUGAUGCUGCUCGUCAUCAUGCUUCUUAUCGGCGUCGAGCUUGGCGUCGCGACGGGCCUCAUUGGGGGCGGGUUCAUGCUGCUCUUCAUGGUUGCCGGGUACCUCUCGGGCACGCGCGUCGGCGCUGUGAAGCGACGCCUUCUCAGCGUCCAGGCGGAGCGCGUCAAGCUCAUGAACGAAGUGCUCCAAGGCAUCCGCGUCGUCAAGCUCUACGCGUGGGAGAAGGACUUGGAAGCGCACAUUUCCGCAGUCCGCGCCCGCGAGUUUGAGCUCAUCAAGACCUUCCAAGCGCUCCGUGUGCUCAACACCGUGACGCUCUUUGCGGCGCCCUUGGUGACCAUGGCGGUCGUCUGGGUCUCGUACAUUGGGCUUGGCCACACCAUGGACCCGACCAAAGCGUUUACUGUCAUGGCGCUUCUCAACGCCGCGCUGCUGCCAUGCACCAUCUUCUCGAAUGCCGUCAUGUACGCCUCGGAAGCCUACGCGUCCUCGCAGCGCGUCAACAAGUUCUUGCUGCUCGAUUCGAUGCCGCCGGCGCAGCUAACUCCAGCGACGAGUGCCGCACACGUCUCGCUGCGUGACGCGGCCUUUGCGUGGGAAGACUCUUCGCCGGUGCUCCACGACCUGCAGCUCGAGCUGCAUGGACCGUCUCUGACGGUGCUCGUCGGGCCUGUUGGCAGCGGCAAGUCGAGUCUCGUGCAGGCCAUCUUGGGCGAGAUGCACCAGCUCCACGGCACCCGUGACGUCGCCGGCAACGUGGCGUACGCGAGCCAAGAAGCGUGGAUCCAACAUGACUCGCUGCGCAACAACAUCCUCUUUGCAGACGUCUAUGAUGCAACCAAGUACAAUGCAGUGCUCGACGCGUGCCAGCUCCGCGCCGACCUGGCCAUGCUACCGGACGGCGACGCGACCGAGAUUGGCGAGCGCGGUAUCAACUUGAGUGGCGGCCAAAAGGCGCGCGUCGCAUUGGCGCGCGCCUUGUACAAAACGAACGCGGACCUCGUGCUGCUCGACGAUCCGCUGAGCGCCCUCGACGUCCAUGUCGCCAGCGCCGUCUUCACCGACGGACUCACGCGCCUCCUUGAACACAAGACGACGCUUCUCGUGCUCAACAGCCACUAUCACCUUCUUGCCCACGCCGACCGCAUCCUCGUGCUGGACCACGGACGCAUCGUCGCCGACGGCUCGUACGCCGACGUCAUGGCAACGUGUCCGCACUUGGUGACGAAUGGUAUGACAAUGACGACGUCAUCCCCCGAGACACCGGCCACCGCAGCGACUGUCGCACCGGACACCGUGGCAAAACCAACGACGUCUGGUGGUCUUGUGGCUCAAGAGGAGCGGGCGAUCGGCGCCGUCUCGGUCGCUACGUACGUCAAGUACUUUGGCGCGAGCGGCUGGAACGGGCGGUACGUCGGGGCAUCCGUGCUGCUGAGCUACCUCGUGUGCCAAGGCGUCGUCGUCAGUGGGGACUUGUACCUCUCGCACUGGUCCAACGCGCCCUUGCGGGCGUCGAGCGUCGCGUCGAGUUGGUCGUACGCAAGCAUCAUAUUAGCAGCUGUUUUGCUCGUGUGGGGCCGCAGCAUGUACGCCCUCUUUGUGGCCCAGCGCUGCUCGCAGUCGUUGCACACGCGUCUCUUCCGCAAGGUCCUCUCGCUCUCAGUGCCAACGUUCUUUGACGUGACGCCGAUCGGUCGGAUUCUGAACCGGUUCUCGACGGACCUCGACCUCCUCGACUCGCAAGUGCCCUUCUACGGCUUUAUGCUGCUCCAGUUCGUCUUCCAGAUCCUCGCCGUGUUGCUCGUGUGCGGCGCGACAACGCCCUACGUCAUUAUCUUGUACCCGGUCAUGCUCGUUGCGUUCUACAAGGUGCUGCAGUACUUCAACCCGACGGCGAGUGCGCUCAAGCGACUCGAGAGCGUCACGCGGUCGCCGCUGGUCACGAGCAUCUCGGAGACGCUGCACGGUCUCUCGACGAUCCGCGCGUUCAACUUGGCGCCGACCUUCCUGACCACGCAUCGACGCAAGCUGGACCACCACAUGCAGUUCUUCUCGACCUUCUACAUGGCCCGUGCGUGGUUUCAGAUGCGCCUCGAUUGGCUCUCGGCCGCCAUCAUCGUCGUUGUCGCCUUCCUCUGCAUCGGUCUCCAGACGUCGCUGGGCGUCGUCUCGGCCGGCCUCUCGCUCACGUACGCUGCGCAGCUCUCGGCGUUCCUCUCGAAAUGCGCCAUGUUCUACAACAACGUCGAUACGAUGAUGACGUCGGUCGAGCGGCUCGCGUUCUACGACGGCCUCGAGAGCGAAGACGACGCGGCGACGACGGUGCCAGCCCCGGAUAUGUGGCCAACCCACCCGACGAUCGCCUUUGAGAACGUUGGGAUGCGGUACCGGGCGCACCUUCCGCGGGUGCUGACCGAUGUGCAUGUCACGGUCGCUGCCAAGGACAAGAUUGGCAUUUGCGGCCGGACCGGGUCGGGUAAGAGUUCGCUCAUUAGCGCGCUCUUCCGCCUCGUACCGACUGACGCGGGCGUGAUCCGCAUCGACGGCGUCAACAUUGCCCAACUGCCCGUCCAGCAGCUGCGGUCCAAGCUCACCAUCAUCCCGCAAGACCCGGUGCUCUUCUCGGGGUCGCUGCGCUUCAACUUGGACCCGUCGGGGACGGCGUCCGAUGCGGAGCUCUACAGCGCGCUCAAGCGCGUGCAGUUGGCCUCGUACGUGGCGACGCGGGGCGGGCUGGAGAUGACAGUGACCGAGAAAGGCGGCAACCUCUCGGUGGGCCAGCGACAGCUGCUCUGCAUCGCGCGCGCGCUGCUGCGCGACACCAAGAUCGUCGUGCUGGACGAAGCGACGGCCAACGUCGACAUCGAGUCGGACAAGCUCAUUCAAGACGCGGUGCGGACGUGCUUUGCAGAGAUGACGCUGCUCGUAAUCGCGCAUCGCCUCGAGACCAUCCUGCACUGCGACAAGAUCCUGCUGCUUGACCAAGGCCGCGUGCUCGAGUACGACACACCGACGAACCUUCUCGCGAUUGACGGCGGCGCGUUCCAAGGCCUCAUGCAGCAAGCUGGCCUCGCAUAGUCCAUACCUAGUGUCUCUUGCUGGUCAAUACUAGUCCCUUCGCUUGUGA